AUGAAGCAGUUCUUUGGUUUACUCUUAGCGACUUUCUACAUCACUGGCAAGCCAUCUAAUACGGCUGUUUUGUACCUGACAGACGUCUUUGGCAUACAGUUGGCUGAGAACAAAUUGUUGGCGGAUAGCUUCGGUCGUGCUGGUUAUCUAACCAUAGCACCGGACAUGUUCGGCGGGAAGCCCGCACCGGUCGAUCUUAUUGAUCCCAGCUUUAAUAUGACGGGGUUUUUAUAUCGAAAUCGCCCUGAGGUUAUUGACCCAAUACUCAAAUCAAGCGUGGACUACAUUCGAGAAAGAUUUUCCGUCAAUAGUAUUGUUGUUACUGGAUACUGCUUCGGCGGCCGUUAUGCUUUCCGCCUGCUCUCCGAGGGUCAGCACGUAAGAGCUGCCUUUGCUGCACACCCAAGCCUUCUCGAGAAUGAGGAAAUUGCAGGCAUCACUGGUCCAGUUUCAGUUGCUGCUGCAGAGACUGAUGACGCAAUGCCUGCUGAGCGCCGCCAUGAAAUUGAGGAUCAGCUUUUGAAAACUGGGCAGACAUACUCGACUUCUCUUUACAGUGGCACUAUGCAUGGGUUCGGUGUUCGCGCCAACGUGUCUGAUCCUGAGCAGAGAUUUGCCAAGGAGGCGGCCUUUUUCCAAGCUGUUAGGUGGUUCGACACAUGGGCUUCAAACAAAUAG